AUGGUUAAUCUUAUUGCCUAUCCCGAUAAACAUGGCAAAGGCACCAUGGACAUUAAGGAUAUUGACAGCUCAGCCUGCACACAUCUAGUAUACGGCUACCUGGGUGUUACCUCCAGUGCUGAUGUCCGUAUAAUGGACCCGGAUCUAGUUACUCGAUACCAUCAAUUCGACAACCUCCUCAAAUACAAGGGCGCCGACAAGGUGUUGAUGGCCAUCGGGGGGUUCAACCACGCCAUGGAGAUCGUGGUCGCACUCGACAACCCCUCACUGUUCUCGAAGAACUCAAUGGCUUUCCUUAAGAAAUACAGUUUCGAUGGCAUUGUCCUCGAGUUCACCAACGGCUGGUCCAUCGACUAUAUGGAGAAAUACAUCAAAUUGGUGACUGUCCUCAAGGAGGACUUCAAGGCCAAUGGGUAUGUGUUGGGCUCCGUGUUGGCCGCCCAGCUCCCUGGUUAUGAAAUUAAGAAAGUGAUCGAACAAGUGGACUUUAUUUCCGUGAACACCUUUGACUAUAAUGGCCCCUGGCACGAAACUCCCCCGCAAACCCCGACUGGCCAUGGUGCCUCGUUGACUGAUAUCAAAGCAUCCAUGACAAUAUGGGGUGACCAAAUUGACAAGGCACAAAUGAGCAAACUAUUGGUCUCACUCCCAUUUUAUGGACAUACCUGGAAACUGGCUGACCCUACUGACCACAGCGUCGGUGCCAAAGCUAGUGAUAAGGGCCCUGCUCAGCCAUUCACUAAUUCAUCCGGAUUAAUUGGCUUCAACGAGUUGAUGUUGAAAAUGAAAGAGGGUGGAUUGAUGAUGGAAGAGGACAAGGAAAAUGGCUCAGUUUACUUUUAUAAGGGUGACCUAUGGGUUACCGCUGAGGUCGAGGCCACCGUUAAGGCUAAGACCAAUUGGGCGACGACUGAGGGCUUCGGAGGGGUCACCAUUAGGGCCAUAAAUUACGACGAUUUUAACGGUUACGUAACCACUAAGAAACACCCCCUCCUCACGGCUGUCAACGAGGGGCUUAACAAAAAUUAACUGGGUGUUUAUUAUAAAAUAUAGGACAUAGCUACAUAAUUUAAGACGAUUCAAAGUUAUUGAUUUUAAUUAAGUAAAUUAAAUUAAUUAAUUUCAUGUUUAAUGUAAAAUAAAAUUAUUUGCGAAUAAAAAUUGCAUUUAAAUCAACUAUAUA